AAAAGCUGCUGCCAAAAUCCUCACUUUGGCACCAGAACCGAGCAGUUUUUUAUGUGACGAGGUUGUGCUCGGGCGAGACGCAUUUAGAGGAAAGACAAGGACUCCGCGAUAAGAGCCUGACUAUUCCUUAUUAUCAGAAAUAAUGCUGAUAUCUGGAACUCAUGUCGGAAGUCGUGUAUGAAGAGACAGCCACGAUGAUUGCCGCAGGGGAAUUGCAGUCGUUUGUCCCGUUUGGCCGUGAGCACUGCAGGAACCAUCCCAACGCCUUCAACCUGCAGCUCAGAGAGCUGCAGCCUGCUUCAGAGCUCUGGUCGUCAGACGGUGCCGCUGGCCUGGUGGGGUCCCUGCAAGAAGUCAGUCUGCAGGAGAGAGACAGGGAAUGCUGGCAGCUUAGGAAGGGCUGCGUGGGAGUCAGGGAGGAGGAUGUAGAGUUUGAAGAGGAGCUCUACACAGCAGGAAAUGUGGUUGUCUGGAGCCAGGGCAGUCGGACCGAAGGCUCCAACGUAUACAAGGCAUUCACCGUAGACAGCCCAGUGCAGCAGGCCUUAUGGUGUAACUUUGCUGUUCCUCAAAACAAGAAAGAUGUGGAGGAAGUGGAGCAGACAGUGUGUAUCGUCCAGAGUAGCUGUGUCAACGUUCACACUGUGACCGGGAAGGAUUUCAUCUCACCACUACCCUUCCAGGUCUUAAAUGUCUGGGCAACCAAGUUUGGACUUUUGUUGGAAAGAAAAAACACAGGGACUGACUCACAACUCGGCCCCCCCGGGGAACCUCUGCCCACAAUAUUCAGCAUGCUACAUCCUCUGGAUGAGAUUGCUCCAGUAGUGAGUAAACCUGCAGGCCAGUUUGAAGGCUCCCAUGUGCAGUAUGCUUCUGACUCCACCAUGAAAAUAGUUUUCAGCUGCUGUCAGCCCUCUAUAGUCGUCUCCUAUGACACUGUACAGGGAAUACAUUCAGUCUGGGUGCUGCGCAAGGUCACAAAUGAUGAGCGUUCUGCAGUCCUACGGUGCCCGGCAGAACCAGUCGGUCUGAUGGCUUCGGGCUUCCUGGCGUCACACCUCCGUAACAUCUCCCGCCUGGACUCCCCCGGUGGCAGCGGUGCAACUGGGCUCGGUCCUGGAGUUGGAACAAGUUGUGCCAUUGGUACCAGCUCUCCUCUCCACUACAGUGCUCUGCACAGCCACCAGAACAGGAUCAUCACAUCUUCACCAGGAAUACACUCCCGGGCUCAUUCCCCGAGUAUAUCCAAUAUGGCGGCCCUCAGCCGUGCUCACUCUCCCGGCAUGGCGGCCCCGUCCUUCUCCGGUGCAGCUCGUUUCAACACAUCUUUCCACAGCCCAUCCCCCAGGGGGCACCAUGGCUUGUUACCCUCUUCCAACAGCAGCAUCAAUGAGACUAUAGUGGUGCCUGAGAUGGAGCCCAUCAUACCUGACCUGUGCAUGGAGCAGCUGUGGAGUGAGACGAUCACCGCUGGCUGUCACAGGGAGAUGAGCAGCCAGGCGUCUAAAGUAUUCCUGACAUCUGACCUCUGUGAGAACUACUACCUCUGUUUCCUGGUGGAAUCUCACCAACAGCUCAGAUGUGUGAAGUUCAUUGAGAGCAAUGAUACAUCUCAGCUCAUCUUUGCCUCAGUCACGACCAUCCCUGCCAAAGACGCAGAGCCUCUGCAGAAUAUAGACGCCAUGCUGGUUCUGGAGGCCUGCGGCAGUCUGGUCCUCUACACAGGAGUCACCAGGGUCAGUAAGGUGUUUGUCCCCGGCCUCCUGUCACCCACCUUCAACCUCACCAACCACAUUUCUCAGCACAGCAGCCUGCUGGAGAGCAUGAGCACGCCCGCUAACGCUGGCAGUAGACACCUCCAAAGACUGGAUGAGGCUGUGAUGCCUUCUCCGGUGUCAGGGCCCAGAGGUCCAAACAUGAAACACCAUGAAGCUUCAUUUUUAGACGAUUACACCUUCCAACAGGCCACGCCCUACAUCCAUGCCUUGAGGGACUCCGUCUGCAAUCGGGUCACUCUGGAGCUAAGCAGUGGCACCAUGCUGAGGAUCUCUGUCCCAGAGAUUGCAACCUCAGAGCUGGUGAGGAAGUGUCUUCAGGCGAUUCGCUUCAUCCUGCCCAAAGAAGCCGCCAUGAAGGUUUUGGUGAAGUGGUAUAAUAUCUACAACGCCCCCGGUGGUCCCAGUGCCCAUGCAGAGUGGAACUUGUUUGUCACCUGUUUUAUGUCGCUGAUGGGUUACAACACGGACCGCCUGACCUGGACACGAAAUCUGCAUUUUGAAGUGCCUCUCUCUCCAGUGAUUGCUGCCAAGAAAGCUCGUCCCUCUGACGGAGGCUCUGAUGAGGACUGGGAUUAUUUGCUGGGGUCUCAUUACCACCGUCAGAUGAAUUCCCAGUCGGUCUGUGGUCCAGUGGACUCCAGUGGCUCCAACACAAGUGUCACCACUGAUCGAGAGGGCCUGUCCUCUGUAUCUUCUCCGUCUUGUCCUUCUCUGAAGUUGGACAGUUCAGCUCCUCUCUUCCCACACAUCCCUGCUCUUUUCUAUGUUCUCCAUCUGCUCUAUCAGGAGCUGCAGCUGGAUGAGCUGCAGAGAGGGAGAGCCUCAGCUCUGGUCUGUCUGUUGCAGCAGCUGGCCAGAGACCUACAAUUGGAAGAGUAUGUGGAUCUGUACUGGAGAGACUACCCUUCAUUAAUUAGUGGCUUCACUGAGAGCUGCCUCAUAGACCAGGCUCUGAUUGAUAAGAUGCAGCGUCCAUCCUUCCUGCGAGCAGAGCCUCCCUGUGUGUUCAGCUGGCUCAGUAGCUGUCUGAGAGGACAGGAGAACCCACCUUUCCCCUGCCUGCCCAACAUCUGUUGGAGGACCAGGCUGCUGGUUCUGAGUUAUGCUCUCUACAUCAUUGGAGAUGAAAAUGCCACUUCGACAGAUGUCUCAAAGUACCUGGUCAAACUCUCCGCGGGCCAAAAGUCUCAUGUCAGUGAGCCGCACUACAGAAGACAGAGUAGUGUGAAGGUUAAGGUUUCCGGUGAGAGUCUGGCUGAGCAGCUGGUUGUCUGGCUCACCUCAGAAGGUUUCACUCUGAAGGACCUGGAGUCAGUCCCGUUUGGUGUUGCUCUGCCCCUCAGAGAGGCCAUCUACCGUUGCCGAGAACAGCCGUGUUCUGAUUGGUCGGAAGAGGUCUGUCUGCUGAUUGGACGACAGGACUUGACCAAACAAGCCCACAAGAUGACCCUUGCCAAGAGUAAAGCUUCUGUAGGCUCAGGUCUGUCACUGGAGCCUCCUGCGACUACAGAAGCAGAUGAGGAGGAAGAUGGGAUGUCCGACAUAAUCCAGGAGGUCACAGGACUGAUCUGGAGUCAGGAUCUUAGGGUCCAGGAGGUCAGGAGGCUCCUGCAGAGCUCCAGGCCUGUGCGGGUCAGUGUUGUUCAUCUACCGGAGGUUUCUGACCAUGAAUACAUAGAGGAGAAAGAAAACAAACUCCUGCAGUUGUGUCAGAGGACCAUGGCUCUCCCAGUUGGCAGAGGCCUAUUCACUCUCUUCUCCUAUCACCCUGUACCAACUGAACCUUUACCUGUCCCAAAGCUCAACCUGACAGGUCGCGGCCCUCCUAGGAAUACCAUGGUGGAUCUGAACAGCGGGAACAUCGAUGUUCCUCCCAACAUGACCAGCUGGCCCAGCUUCCAUAAUGGUGUAGCAGCUGGACUUAAAAUAGCUCCUGCUUCACAGGUGGACUCAGCCUGGAUAGCCUACAACAAGCCAAAGAGUCCAGAGCUGGCCAAUGAGUAUGCAGGCUUCCUUAUGGCCCUGGGUCUGAAUGGACACCUCACCAAACUAGCCACGCUCAACAUACACGACUACCUCACUAAGGGCCAUGAGAUGACCAGUAUUGGGCUCUUACUGGGUGUGUCUUCAGCUAAACUGGGCACCAUGGACAUGUCUAUCACACGCCUGCUUAGUAUACACAUCCCUGCCCUUCUCCCACCCACCUCUACUGAGCUGGAUGUACCACAUAAUGUUCAGGUUGCUGCUGUAAUUGGCAUUGGGCUGGUGUACCAGGGAACAGGACAUAGACACAACGCUGAAGUCCUACUGUCUGAAAUAGGUCGACCUCCUGGUCCAGAGAUGGAGUACUGUACAGACAGAGAGUCCUAUUCACUAGCUGCUGGACUAGCCUUGGGCAUGGUCUGUUUGGGGCAUGGCAGCAACCUAAUUGGGAUGACAGACCUGAAUGUCCCUGAGCAGUUGUAUCAAUACAUGGUGGGGGGCCACCGCAGAGCUCAGGCCGGGGCCAACAGAGAGAGACACAAGUCCCCCAGCUACCAGAUCAAGGAGGGAGACACUAUAAAUGUGGACGUGACGUGUCCAGGAGCCACGCUGGCCCUUGCCAUGAUCUACCUCAAGACCAACAACAGGUCGAUUGCUGAUUGGCUGAAGCCUCCAGACACCUGGUUCCUGCUGGAUUUCAUCAAACCAGAGUUUCUGCUGCUGAGGACUCUUGCUAGGUGUAUUAUCAUGUGGGAUGAGAUCCUCCCUAAUACCGAGUGGGUCAAAAGUAACAUACCUCAGAUCAUGAGAGGGACUUUUGACCCAUCUGAAGACAUUAACAUGGAGACAAUGGCCCAAGCUCAGGACUACAUUACAGCCGGGGCCUGUAUGGCACUGGGUUUGCGCUUUGCCGGCUCCGCCAAUUCCGAUGCCUUCGACUGCCUUUAUGAAUUUGCACGGACCUUCAUGAAGAUCAUGUCCUUCUCCGGUACAGCAGCUGUGCAGACGGGCUAUUACAACCUGCAGACUGGUCUGUCAAUGAUUCUGCUGGCGAUGUCCAUGGUGAUGUCCGGCACUGGAAACCUGAAAGUCCUGCAGCUCUGUCGCUUCUUCCACAAGCGAACCGGUGGAGAAAUGAACUACGGGUUCCACAUGGCUCAUCACAUGGCGCUGGGUCUGCUUUUCCUAGGAGGGGGCAGGUACACCUUGAGCACCUCCAACUCAGCCAUCGCUGCCCUGCUGUGUGCCCUGUACCCCCACUUCCCCGCUCACAGCACUGACAACCGUUAUCACCUGCAGGCCCUGCGGCACCUGGCCGUGCUGGCUGCAGAGCCCCGCUUGCUGGUCCCUGUGGAUGUGGACUCCCUGAAGCCUUGCUACGCCCUGUUAGAGGUCACAUACAAGGAGACCAAGUGGUACGAAGAGACGACAGUAGAACUGAUGGCUCCCACAAUGCUUCCUGAGCUGCACCUGCUCAAACGGGUAAAAGUGAAGGGGCCACGUUACUGGGAACUGUCCGUAGACCUGAGCAAAGAAACACAACAUCUGAAGUCCAUCUUGUCCAGAGAUGGGGUGUUGUAUGUCAAACUAAGGGCUGGACAGUUGCCCUACAAGGACGACCCUCAGGGCUGGAAGAGCCUGCUGGCCUCCACAGUCAACCAUCGCAACUCUGGAGUCAGAGCUUUCAAGCCUGAGGCCAUCUCUACGUUCACAUCUGAGCCGGCUCUGGUCUCCUUCGCUGAAUUCUUCUGUAAAACUUCUGAAGGGAUGAAACACAGAGAGGACACUCUGGUGCUGUUCUCGGCCAUGCUGUAUGAAUGUGUGACGCAGGAGUGUCCGGAGAUGCUGCCCACGUACAUCGCUAUUGAGCAGGCGGUGGGUGCUCUACGUCGGGGAGACCUGCUCCAGACGUUCCCCCUGUGGCAGAUGCGUCUGGUGGUGGAGUUGUGGGACAGCAGGGUCCUGCGGGGUCCCGCUAACCGCCACGAUGCCUUGCUCACCUCUGAGUUUCUGCCCGUCAUGAAGAACUUAGUGGAUGUGGCACUGGACAGCUGGCUCAAAGACAACAGUUUAGUGCUGAGGUCCUACAUGAGGGGCGAGGUCCUCUCUAAGAACGCCCAGUCCAUCAUGUUGGCCUGUUUCCUGGUGUACCGCUCCAUCCCCUGCCUCAGGAACACACACACACAGCUGGAGGGCUGCACCUCACUCGGCGAUUUAUUGUCACGUAGCAGCCAGCUGGGCAUCCCUCUCAGAGACCUACUGAGGCUACAGCCCAUCCUGUUGGGCUCUGCAGUCGGACCACAGACCCUGCCGGGCUUCCCCCUGCAAGCAUACCGAUCUUGAUGCUCGGUACUAGUCAACUGACUAGUAACCUCUCAUAGACGCAGUUCACAGCCUUACAUUCCCACUGCCAGCACAGGUAGGACAGAUGGUGGUGGGUGUGCACAUCAUGUGGGACAAGAUGUGACUAUAAGAUGUCUUGCGUCGUAUUGCCUCACCGCUGCCCGGCUGCUCUGCCUCUGAGAAGAAAUGUUGGGAAAAAUACAGACUCCUUCUCAGCCUCUAGAAAAUGGAAUAACUAAUAUUAAAGUUUUGUAAUAUAAUAUUUCUAUUUAGUGUUUUUUUCUACAGCAUAAAGAAAGUUUAGGCUGCAGUGAUGACGCAGCACUCGUGCCAUUUUUGUGGUACAAUAAAUCCAUUAAAGGACUGUUUUGAUGCCUAAAAGUUGAACCACAGCAAACUUUUCUACACCGACUAACAAGGACAGAAAUGACUGGUCAGUGCAAAAUGAAUGGAGUCGGCUGUAGUAGUACCAGUGUCCGCACUGCCUGUGAGGGCUCUCCUGAGAAAACUAUGUCAAGAAAAUAAAACAGAACCUGAACACUUGAUGAAUACUGUGGUUUAUUUAGUGUCUUUAUAUAAAGCUCAGUCAGCCAGCUCUUGUGGUAACCAGGAUGUCAACUGCCUUUAUUCUUAUGUCUUUAAUUGGGUUUUUUCACACUCUUAGUACUUCCACUAGUUUGAAGAAUAUAUUUCAGAAAGCACACAUGCAUUGAUUCUGAGUUUCUGACUCAGACCAGCUGACAUCUUGUUACACAUUAAACCACUAAGACAGAACAGCACUGUGGGGUUUUUUUUGUUGCUGAAUCUGUUCAGCCUUCUUACAUUGUUGUCCAUCAUGUGUUGUUGUUUUGUUUUUAUUUUUUUAUAUUUAACACAGAUCUCACUAUUUUGUUGCCAAUGUUGCAUUCCUAAAAUCAAAGUGAAGAUCUUUUAAAGUGAGUUGAGGAUUAAAACGGGCUGUGGGGGUGUUUGGGGUGCUUCCCCCACAUGAAGGGAGCCCCCAAAUCUUCCACUUGUAUCUUUGUAAUAAAACAAUGUCUUUAAAUAAGACUAAUUGACUGUAGAUUGUAUUCAUUUCCCCAACCUUUGCACUUCGUGGAAAAAUG